AUGAGUAAGGUUACUAAUGUUUCUAUAAAUACAAAAUUAGAUGAAUUAUUAAAAGGUGACCAAGUAAUUAUAAAUUUUGGAGCUGAAUGGUGUGGUGCUUGCAAAGUUUUAGAGCCAAUUUUUAACAAAUUAAGCACUCAAUACCCUUUGGUAACAUUUUUAAAAGUUGAAAUUGAUAAAAUAAAUGUACAUGAAUCAACAAAAUCAAUAACAAGUAUUCCAACAAUUAUGUUAUACCAAAAGGGAAAAAAAACAAAAGAAAUUGUUUCACCAAACGAAACUCAACUUAGAAAAAUUCUUGAUUCAAUGAAAUAA